UUGAACGGAUUGAGCAAUUUCAGUAUUUUUUUUUCAUCUAAAAGAAGCUUAUGAAAUUGGCUUUCCAGUCAUUACUUUUGGUGCUACAUUUUUUAAAAUAUGAAAUAUAAUUUUGGGGGUUUGGGUUACAAUUUUUUGACACACCCUGUAUUUCCACCAUUGACAUGACAUGUCUGCUCUAUCCCAUAAUUAUAUAGUAGUAAUAAUAAUUAGCAGCAUAAGGCGCACUUUGUCUGUGUAACAUUCAAAGGCGCCGGUCUAGGUAGAGAUGAGAACAGAAAACUCAAUUUUGUGAUUAGGAUGAAAAAGCUAGUGAAAAAUGUAUGUUAUGAGAUGCUGUUGAAAGUGUAUGAUGUCAUGUUCUUGUCCGAGAUAUAUGCUGGGAUUGAGUUCCAUAGGCGAGGGGCAAUGCUCGAAAAAGCUCCGUCUCCGUAACUGGCUGGUCGAGUCCGAGGAACAGAGCGGGGUUGCAGCAUGUUCGUUAAAUAAAGAGGGGCAGAGCCAUGAAGCGUCAUGAAUGUGAGGAGGGGAUCUUGAAUUGAAUUCUGUUUUAACCGGUAACCUAUGUAGCUUGUUGAGGAUGGGAGUGAUGUGAUCUGAUCUUUUGGAACCUGUUAGAAGACGCACAGCAGCGUUCUGUACAAUUAAGUUGCAGACGAUGUAUCAGUGUGUAAGACCGGUAAGCAGGCUGUUGCAGAAGUCGAGUUUGGAAGUGACAAAAUGCAUGAGUUGCUCUGCAGGGCCUGUGGUGGCUGAUCCGGGUGAACCCCGAAAAGAAUGACUAAAGUGUAUAAAUAUAUAUAUUUUGUAAAACAAGCUCGAACUUUAUAAUACCCAAAACUAAAUGUAUGUAUUUAUGCCUUGUCACUUAAUGAAAUGAGAUGUGGUAAAAGUAAUAAAGAAUGAAUGAAUGAAUGAAUGACGUCGGAGCUAAUCGAACGGCCCAGGGCUAACCCAAGUCGAUCCGGGUGAGCUACUCGAACGUGCCCCGCAUUGAUCUCCAUAUAUAAUGGUGCCCGUCAAGGAAGAAGAGGGCGCUCUUUAGUUGGACACUUGAGGGCGCCUCAAAGAGGCAUGUUUACAAAAACGAAGCCUGAAGAUAAAAUAAGGAUGGAUGCCCUCCAGGCUUAUCACAGCUCGGACUCGGAAGAGGAGAAUUCACCAUGUCCAAUGCCCAGUCGGUCCCAAAAUGCAGUGGAAAAAGUUGAUGAAAGUUUGCCAUCGUCUUUGGGUGCAAAACUGCCUCUACCAAAUCUUGAUUUUGAUUCCUCCAAAAGACACAAAGAAAACUCUAAGGAAAGUCGUUUACAUCCGCUGUUGCCAUGGAGCAGGCCUCCUAAAAGGAGUAAGACACAUCAUGUGCACAGACAGUUAUGUCAUCAAAACCCAGCCUUGGUUGUUAAUGGUGACGAGGUUGCUCGUACAUCUUUUGAAAAAUCGUUGUCUUCAGCAAAAUGUUUGACACUGCCAACAGCAUCGUCAGGAGCAUUAUUACCUCAGUCAAGAGACAGAACAUACCAUGCCAUGUCUGAAAUAGCACGUCAUCCUGACGUCAGCAGCAAAAGAUUAUCAGUGGCCCAGCCUUAUAUUCCGAAGAGACUCCGCCAGUCCUCGCCAAAGUCCUCAAGGGAUCUACACAGUAUGCAGACAGAGGCAGCUCAGGAAAAACUAAAAGAAACCAUGUACGUGACGCAACCCAUGAUAGCUUAUCAAUUGGAGAGGCACACUACAUCCAAGCUUCCUAAACACAGAACGUUGCGUCUCUUGUCACACACUGGCCCGGUGACCCACGUCCGCUGGUGUAGCGCCUCUCAGUUCAGCCAUCUUCUGCUGUCCUCAUCCAUGGACGAGACCGUACGGAUCUGGAAUGGGAUCAGCAAGGUUGGAGGUUGCCUGCAGACAUUGAAUUGCCACAGGGGUGCUGUGAAGGAUGCCCAGUGGGGGGAGGGAGGUCGCUGUGUUCUGAGCUGUGGUUUUGACAAGACAGCGAGGCUUUGCGAUGCAGAGUCAGGGAAAGAGCUGCAGAUAUUUGAUCAUUCAUCCUACGUCUCUUGUGCCAAGACGAAGCCGGAUGAUCCGAGCGUCUUCAUCACAGGCACUUACAACUCCUCCAUCUUCUGUUGGGACAUUCGAACAGGGAAUCGUGAACAUGAGUACAGGGGCAAGCUAGGCCAGAUUCUAGAUGUGGAGUUUCUGCCUGACUGUCAGGAGUUUGCCUCAUCGUGUGACGUGGUGAGCCGAGACUCUGCCAAUAAGACCAUCAUGGUGUGGGACCUGCGAACAACAGCCGCGGUGUCCAACCAACUAUAUCAUGAGAAAUACACCUGCCCGUGUUUGAGAGCCCACCCCAGUGACCGCGUGUUUGUGGCCCAGUCUACUGCCAACUACAUUGCCCUGUUCUCAACAGUCAGGCCCUACAAGCUGAACAAGUUCAAACGCUACGAAGGCCAUCAGCUGGAAGGCUACCACAUUGGCUGCGAUUUCUCUCCAGAUGGCGCCCUUCUCGUUAGCGGCAGCUCAGACGGCAAGGUGUACAUCUACGAUAACCAUACUGCAAGAAUCUUGAAGACGCUACAAUGUCACAGCGGGCCGUGCACCGAAGUGGCCUGGCACCCCGUGCUUCCUGGUGUCAUGGCAUCGUGUAGUUGGGACGGGACUGUGGAUGUAUGGCAGUGAAGCUAGGCCUUGGAACCUUGCACAUUAUUUGCCAUUUGGAAAAUUUUGCAAAUCUGUCAGUUUGAGAAGAAACUUGGCUUCCUCCAUGAAACACUUGUCUGGUCAACAUGGACCUUACUGAUUUGAACUGUAUGCUAGCAAUGCCAGAGUUCAACUUCUGCUUACUGAUCUAUCGAUGCCUGUUGUACUGCUUUUCAGUUUUGUUAAGAGACUGUGUGGAUGGUUGAUUAACAGGCUACAGUAAAGUGCACCACUGAGGACAAAUUUUCUUGAAAAUUGCAGAGAAGGCAAAGCUGGUUGCCUUUGAAAAUCCUCUGCGGUAGUCCUCUGCGUUUUAAACAAGAACAUAUGUUUAAAACUGGCUUCGGGCCUGGACGCUGAUAAAGGCUCUAGCAGAAGGUGAGGGACAAUAUCAGCGACCAGGCCCUAAGCUGGUUGUAAAUGUAUAGUCGGACUCCCUAUUAUCGCAUCAAUUCUAUUAUCGCGGCAUGGGAAAUUUCUCUUUUUGCAUUGCCAAAACUCCUUCAAGUGGUGAUUUGUAUCCAGUUCACCAGUCAUUAAGGACUUUCUGCCAAGUUGUAUAAAAAGACAAUUAAAAAAAUUACUUUUAAUGAUUUUCAAUAAAUUUUCACGUUUUCCAAAACAGCAAAUUUUCCCUCACCGUGUCUGCUAAUAGGUACUGUCUAUAUUUUAACAUAAAUCUUUAAUGGUGCUCUGUCCAUGAAAGUUCCAUUGUAUGGUUCCCAUUCUACAGCUGCAAAUGUAAAAUGACGUCAAAGGACGAUAUUUCCACCGCGAAAUCGUAAAAACGUUUACUGGAUCAAAAUAAGGACAGCGUGUUAAAAAAAAAUAACGGCACACCAUGUAAAGUGAAUGUCGCCCCCAAUCGCCAAUCAGUAGACUUGUCUCAGUGAUUUUUGUUCUCCUUUCAGGGGAAGGGCAGGGUCUUAAAAAAAUCAUUCUGCAGGCAUAUAGUCUUUAAUCAACUUGAACGUUUCAGGGAAAAUAUCAGACUUUAUUCAGGGGAUGUUUUGGUCACGCAUUAACCAUGAAUAGAAAAGUUGAGAUCAUUAUAAAAACCACUUCCCGCCUACCGUGAUAAUAGGGAGUCCACCUCCGUUCGCAUACUUCGAGCAUGUCUAUUUUCACAGGCACCGUACACGAAUCACACCACCGUCGGAUUUGUUUUAUAUCAAUUUGAAAAGGAAGAGUUAUACAACACAAAAGACAGGACAAUUCGGGAAGGUUUAGUGGGCAAUCUGUAUUCCGAACAAGAAACGUGAUAAGUUCUGCGAUAAUAGGGCGUCCCGUCCUACUUUUUUAAUACCGGCCAAGCAUAUAUUUAUUCCCAUUCAUAAAUACCUUUCAGUCAAAAUAAGUCAAAAAUAAAAAAAUUCCAACAAUUUUUUUUUAAAUUUUACUUCCAUGUUUUUUAACACCCCUCGAGCUAUAUUUAUGGUAUAUGUGCCUCUCGGGAGAUGUACUACAAAUCUCCUUAUAUGGAGAUUGGGGCGCGCAAAGAGCGGCGAUGGCGCUGAAGUAUGAAUUUAGGACUAUGAAAUAGGGACUCAUUGGUGGUAUUGCACAUGCUUACAUGUAAGUGAAGAUUGUGAACGUUCAACCAAUAAAAGGGUAAAAGGGGCCAGAUUUCUUAAGAGUCCAAAUUUCAUGUGACACCGGAAGUGUUUCAACCGUUUAAAACCACCACCGUGACAGGCUCUCGACCAAUAGGAAUGGGUAAACUGUCCCAGGUAUUUAUCAGUAGUUU